AUGUCUAACACCAUUGCCCUCUAUCCUCUCUCCAACUUCACCUUCAGUACGAAGGAGGCGCAGCCGGAGGAGGACCCGUCCGUGUCCGCGCGUCUUCAGCGUCUGCAAAACAACUAUGAGGACUUCGGUAUGCGACGGACAGUAGAGGGAAUUCUGGUCGUGCACGACCACGGCCACCCGCAUAUACUCAUGCUCCAGAUUGCAAACGCGUUUUUCAAGCUCCCUGGCGACUACCUGAAGCCUGGUGAGGAUGAAAUCGAGGGGCUGAAGAGGCGUUUGGACGAGCGACUGGCGCCACCCACGGAUUCCCGGCAGUUCAACUCGUCGCACGGGGUGGACAAUGAGUGGGAGAUUGGUGAUUGCUUGGCGCAGUGGUGGAGACCGAACUUCGAAACUUUCAUGUACCCAUUCAUCCCUGCACACAUCACCAAGCCAAAGGAAUGCAAGAAGUUGUUCUUGGUGCAGAUGCCCGAGCGGAAGGUUCUCGCCGUCCCUAAGAACAUGAAGCUACUGGCCAUCCCGCUGUUCGAGCUGUACGACAAUGCUGCGCGGUACGGGCCUCAGCUGUCUGCUAUCCCUCACCUUCUAUCUCGCUACGACUUCAUUUACCAGUAG